AUGUCAUCUUUGCAACUGGAGAAUAGCCAAUCCUUGUCAAUUGCGCAGAAUUCACAAAUUUUGCAAACGCCACAAGCUCAGCAAGCUCCGCAAGCUCCACAAGAAAUACUCCCACUCACUUUGGAACAACUACAGCCAUUCCCUUUACCCAAACAGCUCAAUUCUCUUCCAAACCCACAAUUUACCACCUUUACCUCCGAUCCAGAACUAAUCAAGGGCUACAUACACUCACUAGAAUCAUACAGGUCCACAAUUUCAACUCUUGUUACCACGCUUACUAAUGUGUCUACCUCGGUCCUCCAAGAAGAUAUACGAGAUAAUUUGAUUCCGCAGUACGAGGCAUUAAUCGACAAAAUCACAAAUCAGGUACAGCAAUUGACAGAAAUUCACAAGGAAUAUUUGAGCAUGGAGACAAUCCAGUACCAACUUCUUUCGACAAACUUUAACUCGAAUGUAUUGAUGCGAAAAUUCCAGAAAAUGAUUGAAGAAAGUAAUAACGAGUGUAAAGAAAUUGUACAGAAAUACCAUAAAGUUCUGCGGCAGGAUGCAAAAGAAAACAGUGCUGAUUCUUUAACAAAGUUGAUUCAUGAGUUUAGAGAGCUGAGAAAACUGUAUCAUUUGAGGAAAGAGAAAAUGAAUCGAUGGCAAGAAGAAAGAGUCAGCGGAUUUAUUUAG